GUUCUCGCGCGCGUUCGCCUUAUCGCAGCACAAACUGCUGUCCAAUGAAGCGAGUCGCGUAGCAGGAGGAACCGACGACAAAAUUUCUCAUCGGUCAUUUUUAGCGAGGGUCAGCAGCUAGUGCAGCGAUUUUCGCAGGUGGUGCCGCGCCAGCAGCCGAUAUAGGUACUGCUGCUGCUGCUGGUCGCGUGUUGUUCUCGAGUAGCGAGCGAAGAGCGAAACUCUGCACCGAGACUGUGAGCACCAGAGACGGCCGCAAAAUGAAGAUGGACUGCUGGUUCAAGGACCGCGAAGUGGCCGUCGACGUGCUGGCCGCCCUUUUCGGCGUCGCCUCUUGGGUCGCCAUCAACGGCCUGUGGGUCGAACUGCCCCUUCUGGUGCAGGCCCUGCCCGAAGGAUGGUCGCUGCCAUCGUACCUGUCCGUAAUUAUUCAGAUCGCGAAUAUCGGCCCUUUGGCUUACGGCGUGUUGAGCCGCACCGUGCCCCGCCUGGUGACCCCGUCCAGGGCAGUCUGGGCGACCCUGUGCGUCGGUGUGGCGGCCUCGGUGCUGAUGCCCAUUUUCUGGGACGAGACGGCCUUCCUGUUCGGCGCCGAGCGGUCCGUGGCGCUUCUUGCGCUCACCCUCGCCCUCAGCCUCGUCGACUGCACCAGUUCCGUCCUUUUUCUGCCCUACAUUGGGCUCUUCAAAAGCAUCUAUCUGCCGAGCUACCUGUUGGGCGAAGGUCUGAGUGCCCUUUUGCCCAGUUUGGUGGCCACAAUUCAGGGCGUGGGGAAAUCCACCUGCGUCAACUCCACCGACCCAAAUUACCCUGGCCUCGUCGAGCAGCUCGAUCCGCCACUUUUCAGCACUGAGGCAUUUUUCGGUACUUUGGCUGCUAUGAUGAUCAUGUCGACGAUCGCGUUCAGCGGUUUGGAGUUUUUGCCCAUUUGCAAGCACGAGCGGCUGAAGGAGCGCGAAACUGAGCAGCAAGUGCAGACCUACGCAGCCCUCGAAGGCGCCAAAUAUAAUAAAAAAUCACUGUGGUCUUUAUUGGCCAUCCAGUUCUGGUUGUGUCUGUGGUCGAACGGUUUCAUGGUGGGUCUGCAGAGCUACUCGUGCAUGCCGUACGGCAGCGAGGCCUACCACUGGGCGGCCAUCCUCUUCAACGUAGCCAACCCCCUGGCCUGUGUGCUCGCUUUGGUCAGGGCCUGCGUCUCCAUCAGGGGCAUCUUCGUGUUGCUGUGCGGCAGCAGCCUCACGUGCGCCUACCUGCUGUGGACGGCGGCCACGAGCCCCUCGCCGCCCCUCGUCGACGAUCUCGCCGGUGCCAUUCUCGUGGUCCUCGGUUGGUUUGUUUACGCGGCCGUGACAACCUACGCAAAGGUGAGCACCGCGUGCGUCCUUCGCCAGAACAACUGGGAGCGCGACAACGACAAGUUGGAGACGGACUCUGUGCGCGAAGGUUCACUUGAAGGGUCGCACGUGAACAAAGCCAGGUCGCCUGCCGAAGACCGACUCUUUUAUUACGGCGUCGCCACGCAAGUCGGGUCCCUCGUCGGGUCCAUCAUCGCCUUCGUCCUGGUCAACGUUUUGGUGCUUUUCCAGGCCAAAUAUCCGUGCCAGUGACCUCUGAAAACUUGACCCUCCAAAUUUUACGCUCAUACGCGCAUAUGAUGCGCCGUCUCAAUAUUGAUGUAUGGAUUUUUAAGGAUUUUUUAAACGCGCACUCCAUUGAUUGACUGCAUAAAAGGAUUUAGCUAUUAAGUUUUUAUCAAUAAUUUUUCGAUUUUUUGAUACAAUCAUAAAAUGGGAUACUGGAUACCAUUGUUUUCUCUGUUAGGUUUAAUGUCUUUUAAUGUGAAACAUCAAAAUGUGCAAUAAAAAAUACAGCAA